CUUGAACAACAGACUCCACAAAUUACCUCUGCGACUUGAGAACGAACACCAUCGCGACCAUGGGUGCGAAGGUUCCACGCAACUUCCGGUUGCUAGAAGAGCUAGAAAAAGGCGAGAAAGGCCUUGGUGCAGAGGCGUGCUCUUAUGGACUCGACGAAGGCGACGACUUGCUCAUGACCAACUGGAAUGGCACUAUCCUGGGUCCACCUCACAGCGUACAUGAGAACCGCAUCUACUCGCUUAAGAUUCACUGUGGCCCAAAUUAUCCAGACAGCCCGCCAGAGGUUACGUUCAUUAGCAAAGUCAACCUACCUUGCGUGGAUGCGAAGAACGGAAAGGUCGACCUUACCAAAUUACCAACACUUGCAACGUGGAAGCGCGACUUCACUAUGGAGACCAUCCUGAUCGAGAUUCGGAGGUUCAUGGCAGCAGCUUCCAACAAGAAGCUUCCACAGCCACCAGAAGGCACGAACUUCUGAUCACUUUUGAGACUCCAGGGCAGCAGUAUCAUCACUUCAUGAGCAAGCAGUCGCUGUCAGGCGCUGGGAUGCCGGACUCUUGUCGAGCUUGUUCCGAAUACAGCUUGAAGGCGCAGGCUCAACCAUCUUAUACAUAUUCAGCAUAGCCCGGGUGCAGAAUAGCUGGCGUUUUAGGGAACGUGCCAAUGACUUAUGAAUGCAUUAGACAGGAACGGCAGAGGCUCAUAGAAGCUAUUUGCAUUAUGCA